CAAUUGCACGCCCUUCCUUUUGGCCGCUAUUUUCCUUCGUGUCUGCUGCUGGUCGGACGGUGUUUGAGGAGCAGAGUUGCGCUGGAGGAGACCAAACACCCGCCCAGCCAAGAGACAAAGCCUGCGCCGUGUUCGCCAACUGCCACCACCCGCACGUUCGCUCGCACGUCCACCUGCACGCCCGCCAUGAAGCUCAUUCUUUCCACCUCUAAUAUCAUGGGCGUCGGGUCCUCGAUCCGUAGAUCGCCCACGUCCAAGUCCAACACCGAACUCGUCUCGUCGUUACGCGCCAACUUCGCAGAGCACUCGGGCGCCGAUCUGAACGCUUCCAGCAGCUCGACCAACCAAGCCAAUGGGCAAAAGAACGGCGACAAUGGCAGCGAUAUUCAGUGUGCCGCUCCACACUACGGCACAUGGACGAAACGGGACGGCAACGCUCUGCAAGUUCCAGCAUUGGACUUCUCGCAGUCGGCGUUGCAAGAGGAGCGCGAACAAUACGAUAUCACUGUGAAAAUAUUCUACUUGCCUGGUGGCACCAAUGCCUCGCGAGAGGCCCAGACACGGGAAGCAUUGGACUUGGUCAUGAAAGAGCUGCAUGUCACAUCGAUCGACCUCUUGAUCGUCUCGUUUCCCGGGAUAUACUUCGAUGAGGAGGAGGAUUGCCCUGAAAAACUCUCCACCCGUGGCCCCAUAGAAGCCGAGCCUGAACCUCUCGAGAGACAGAUCGAUGCGUGGAACGCUGUGGAAGCGCUCUUCGACGAGGGCAUCGUUGCAAAACUAGGAGUGGCCGAGUUUGGGAAAGAGCGUUUGGAGACCUUCUUGGACAAGGUGAGAAUCAAGCCUACCGUCGACCAGGUCAAUCUCCGUGACUGCUGCUCUGUGCCCAAAGAGCUCAUGGCGCUCGCGAAGAGUCAGAGUGUCGAACUGCUGGUGCACAACGACUGCUCAAACAUUCUGCCUCGGGGCACUGUGCGCGAGCUCCUCGGUCCCGGUCACACAGGUGCCAGAAUCCUAGCGGAGCAAGCCAAGACCGGAAGUAAACGCAAGAGCGUUCACGUGGAGGACAAACCAAAUGGACAUGCUGGGGAUGGUCUCACUGGGGAAGUACAACCGCAGUGGGUUGUCAAAUACACAGCUGUGGUCAAGAACAGAGGCGUGGUGGAGAACAAGGGCUACUUCGCUGUUGCUGAGUUGACCUGAGAAGCAUCGAUCCUUCUCGAUGACCUACACAAAAAUCCUACGUUAAGCUUGGCAACCUGCGUGGCAGAAGUGUCGUUCAUACGCCAGGCAAUCUACAUCCCUGCGAAGGCAUGAACUCGACCUACAAUCUCGAAGCGAUGCCAUCAGGCGCCGAUGCUAGGUGCAGUUGCCAGCACUCAUGCAGCUACAGACAGCAGCAACUGCGAUGACGCCACCAGCUAGCUUCGGCGCCAUCGAAAAAUCCUUGAAGAACGGGUUACAGAUACGAGAUCAGCUCGAUAUGAGCGGAUGGUGCAAUCAGCUGUUGGCGGUUGGCAACUUAGGGCGCUUAUGCGACAUCUGGGAUGGCGUGGCAACCAUCGGGCAAUCAUUACAAGUGCCAUUGCGAACUUGCAAGGAACAUGUAGUCGCCGACGCAAUCGAAAGCUCCUACUCCGAUGCAGUGAAGCACUACAGUCCAGUGCAUGAAUCCCUAUCACAGCUUGAUACCCUCGAACAGCAGAGCCAGAUUGCGAACGUCAGAUACAUGAUGUGUCAUAUUGUACAAAUUGGCCUUUCGCUACCAAACGCCU